GUUAAUUAUGGGCAUGAAGCUGUAUGAUGACAUCCCCUAAGAAAAACGAUUUGUGCGAUUAUUUUGUUAAUCCUUUGAGUUUGUUGACUCUGAAAAGUCACCCAAAAGGCAAAAAAAAGAAGAAGAGAGGAAAUCAGCUGCAUCUUUGCAGGCUUGCCGGUGGCGUGGCGGCACGGCAGCAUCCCACCGGAGUAUUGACAUAUGCGGUGACGCCUAUCCCGCCAGCCUCACAUAGUCAGUCAGUCAGUCACGCUGACACUAUAUAAGCCCACUGCUUAGUGCUUACUUCCACAAUCGGCCACGCCAAACUACGGCACGUCGUCACGCGAUCCGGCCAGAACCAAGAGCGCACCACCUUGCCGUACAUGGCGUCCGCUCCUGCCACGAUGGUGCCACGCUUGAAGCUGGGUUCUCAGGGGAUGGAGGUCUCGGCGCAGGGCCUCGGCUGCAUGAGCAUGUCCGCCUCCUUGUACGGCCCGCCCAAGCCCGAGCCAGACAUGGUCGCGCUCAUCCACCACGCCGUCGCCGCCGGCGUCACCCUGCUCGACUCCUCUGACGUCUACGGUCCUCACGCCAACGAGAUCCUCCUCGGCAAGGCGCUGCAAGGUGGCGUAAGAGAGAAGGUGGACCUGGCCACUAAGUUUGGCGUCUCGUUCCUCAACGGCAAACGGGAGAUUCGUGGUGACCCGGCGUAUGUGCGGGCGGCAUGCGAGGGCAGCCUUAAGCGGCUCGGCGUCGAUUGCAUUGAUCUCUACUACCAGCACCGCAUAGACACCAGGGUGCCUAUCGAGGUCACGAUUGGAGAGCUCAAGAAGCUAGUCAAAGAAGGAAAGAUAAAGUACAUUGGAUUAUCCGAAGCGUCUGCAUCAACAAUCAGAAGGGCUCAUGCCGUUCAUCCUAUCACUGCAGUUCAGCUGGAAUGGUCACUGUGGUCUAGAGACGUGGAAGAAGACAUAAUUCCAACUUGCAGAGAACUUGGAAUUGGAAUUGUAGCUUAUAGCCCACUUGGCAGAGGGUUUUUCUCUAAAGGAUCAAAAUUGGUUGACUCACUAUCAGACCAGGACUUCCGCAAGCAUAUGCCUAGAUUUCAACCUGAGAAUCUUGAGAAGAAUGCCUUGAUAUUUGAGCGCGUUAACGCAAUGGCAACAAGAAAAGGGUGCACACCAUCACAACUUGCACUGGCCUGGGUUCAUCAUCAGGGGAACGAUGUUUGCCCAAUCCCCGGCACAACAAAAAUCGAGAAUUUCCACAAGAACGUGGGAGCUCAAUCUGUGAAGCUCACACCAGAGGAGAUGGCUGAACUGGAGUCCUACGCUACUGCAGGUGAUGUCCAGGGUGACCGGUACCCUGGAGUGGCGGGUACAUGGAAAGAUUCUGAGACCCCUCCAUUGUCAUCCUGGAAGGACGAGUAGAGGUCGUCCCUUCUCUUCAAUGGGACUACAGGAGUGCACGAUUCAAACAGUUAAAAGAAGAGCGUAAUCAUAUUUGUGUUUUGUGGGUGCCAAUCAGAGUUGGGAAUCUAUGUAAACUUAGCUGUGAUUUGUGUAUUGUAGUUCUUGGUGUAUGUACAGUUAGUAUAUUGAAUAAGCUUGUGAGCUGUGCUGCUCGAUAAA